AUGGCCUUUUCUCCAUCAUCUUCUUCGGACACAACCUGGUGGCUCUUCACACUUCCAGCCAUAACAGGAACCCACCACUACUCCCAUGACACUUUCCUUCUCUUCUUCGUCCCUUUGCUUCUUUUCUUAUUAGGGUUCCUUUCAUGGACUUUCUCUUCUGGAGGCCUAGCUUGGAAAAAUGGCAGGACCAUCUUGGGUCGGGUCGCUAUACCAGGACCCAGAGGUGUCCCUAUAUUUGGCAGCUUAUUCAGUUUGAGCUACGGCUUGGCUCAUCGUACUCUUGCUUCUUUGGCUAACUCCCUAGCCGCCAAACAGCUCAUGGCUUUCAGCUUGGGCUCAGUCCCGGCCGCCAUCACUUCCGAUCCUCACAUAGCACGCGAAAUUCUGACGUCACCCCACUUUGCCGACCGCCCCGUCAAGCAAUCGGCCAAGACCCUCAUGUUCAGCCGAGCCAUUGGGUUUGCUCCAAAUGGCUCUUACUGGCGGCUGCUCCGUAGGAUCGCCUCCGCUCAUCUCUUCUCACCGAGGCGCAUUGCCGCCCAUGAGACUGGCCGUCUCCUCGACUGCUCCACCAUGUUACGAGCCAUAGCUGCUGAGCAGUCCGAAAACGGCGUCGUUGCCUUAAGGAAACAUCUUCAAGCUGCGGCUCUUAAUAACAUCAUGGGCACCGUUUUUGGUAAAAGAUAUGCGUACAAUUACCCCCAUAGCUUUGACUUGGAGGUUAAGGAACUGCAUGAAAUUGUGAGGGAGGGGUUUGAGCUGUUAGGCGCAUUUAACUGGUGUGAUUAUGUGCCAUGGAUGAGCUUGUUUUAUGACCCUUCUGGGAUCAAAGAACGGUGCAGAGAUCUUGUUCCUCGCGUGAGGAAGUUUGUGAAAGGCCUCAUAGACGAACACCGAUUGGCUGCUUCUUCAUCAUCCAACAAGCUUUGUGAUAGCUCGGACUUUGUGGAUGUUUUGCUAUCCCUAGAUGAGCCAGACGAGAAGCUCCAUGAAGAUGACAUGAUUGCUGUUUUAUGGGAGAUGAUAUUUCGUGGUACUGAUACAACGGCACUUCUAACCGAGUGGGCAAUGGCGGAACUGGUUCUGAACGGACACGUUCAAGCGAGGCUCCGCGAAGAAGUUGACGAGGUUGUGGGAGACAAAGAUGACGUCACCGAUUCCGACGUGGCGAAAAUGCCCUACCUUCAAGCUGUCAUGAAGGAGACCCUGAGGGUGCACCCACCUGGCCCGCUCCUUUCGUGGGCCCGACUCUCCACGUCAGACGUCCAGCUCAGCAACGGCAUGGUGGUCCCAGCCCACACGACUACUAUGGUGAACAUGUGGGCUAUAACCCACGACCCAGAGGUGUGGGACGAUCCAUUAGCGUUCAAACCAGAAAGGUUCGUCCCAAGCGAAGGAGGAGCUGACGUGGACGUCCGAGGUGUUGACCUGAGGCUCGCACCGUUUGGAGCCGGGCGAAGGGUUUGUCCAGGGAAGAACCUGGGGCUCGUCACUGUGAACCUGUGGGUGGCUAAGUUGGUUCGCCAGUUUGAGUGGAUUGAAGGCCAGGCUAAUCCAGUUGACCUAACAGAGCAGCUUAACUUAUCAUGUGAGAUGAAGAACCCUCUCAAGGCCGUGGCCAUUCCUAGGGCUAUUUAA